CACGUUCUGAUUUGCAAAUUUGUUUACUUUCUACUUUGCACAGCUUCAAACAGCUCGGACAAUGAGUGUAUCACACAAGUACAAUCUUCCGCAGAUACAAGAUUGAAUCAGUCUACGCCUAGCGUUGUGAAACAUUCAACUGAACAACAUGAAGAAUACAUGAUUACCGAGGAAGAAGAAUAUUUUCUGAGAGCCUCCAUUUUACUUCUGAAAGGAGGGCGAUUGAUGUCAAAAGAAAUUUUGUACAAAGAACUACGAAAGGCUGGGGGAAAUCUUGAUGUACUUCUAAAAAAUCACGAAACAACAUUCAAGCACAAAUUUGUAAAAGAACAGAAGAAGAAAUUGUUUCCAGAUGCUGGAGUAACCGACGUAGAAACAUGGGAUUUAGCCAUGCUUAUAAAGGUGUCACUGACGGUUUUUAAUCAGUCACUUAACGACGAUGAGAAAAAAGGCUUAAUGUCUUUAAAAUCUAUGAGAGAUAAGAUUUACGCUCAUACUUGUUCUUCGUCGCUAAGUGCCGGUAAAUACGAAGACAUCCGGAAAGAAUUGGAAAAUGCACUCACUUCACUGUCGAAUCGGUUAAGCGAAAAGCUCAAAGACGACUGUUAUAAGAUCAUUCAGGAAUGCACAACUGGCCCUAUCAGCCCAUCAUUAAAAGCAGAACUUACGAAACAGAUAGAAGAUACAGAAGACUUGAUGCAGGCCGUAAUAAACAAAUUGAGAAGCCAGAAUGAAAUUCUUUUUGAAAUGAAAAAAGACAUAAUGGACAAAUUAAACAAAUUCAGUGUGACUGAAGACCGAAGUGAAAGGAUUAUAAAAGUGAUAGAUACUGAGCUAAAGUUGAGUGGAGCUGUAAAUGAAAGCAAGGACAUAGACUUUGCUGAAAGAAUCAUAACAAUGGUUAUCAAUAAAGCAAUAAAGAAAGUCGGAAACGAAAAUGACUAUCCGAGAAUUCGCAGUGUUGUUGACAAAAUUCUUAAAGACAUUGAAAACAUGUCUGAUGUGGAAAUACUACAAGCAGAACACAAGUGCAUCCUUCUUAAAUUUAGAUGUACAACUUAUAUAGGUAUAUUAAACAUGCUGAUGUAUUUGGAGAGCAGAAGCUUCCUGGAUUCUCUAAAUGAUCUUGCCCUUGCACUGAGUUCCACUAUUCCAGAUGUGAGCGAUCAAUUUAGACUUGAUGCGACAGUUACACCAGAAUGUAUGAAGGACCUGCUAGAUGAACUAAGAGCGAAGACAAUGGAAAGGAAGAAGUAUGAACGCGCGAUACGAGUGCCGAUAAAGGUUGAAUCAGUACAAGGAAUUGAACACAUAUGGUCGCUGUUUGAAACUGGCGGAGCUUCAAAAAAAUUGAAUGAAUUAUCAGAAGCUGUAUCCGAUGAGUUAAAUACAAAAGUAACAGUUACACCUUCUGUAAAUUUAAAGCAGGUACAGGCAGCCAUUAAGGAUGCAGGUGAAAAACCAGCAACAUUGGCACAGAAAGCUGUUGAAGACAAUGCUAGUUCUCCUCAAAGACAUCAGAGCAAAUCAGUUGAUGCAGCUGAAAUGAUACACAAUGACCCACCUACAAAAUUGAGAGUCCGAGGAUUACCACCAAAAAUGACGUCUGAAGUACUCGCUCUGUUUUUUGAAAAUGAACAUCGACAUGGUGGCGGAAGGGUAAAAGAAGUAACAAUUGAGGCUGAAGGAAACUCCGCCGUUGUAGAGUUUGAAAAGGCAACAGCUGUAGAAGUCGUAAUGGGAAAGCAACCAAUUAUUAUAUUUGGGACAACAGUUGAAGUUGAAGUUAUUGAAGCUCACCAGACGUUUUUGCAACCACCAAAAUCAAGAACAAUCAAGGUCUCAGGAGUACCAAAAGGCACGCAUGAGGAAAUUCUUACAAAGUUUUUCGAAAAUGAGAAAGGACAAGGCGGUGGAAAAGUAACUGAUGUAUGUCUCUACGAAAAAAAAGGAUUUGCUCUCGUCGAUGUCAAGGAUGAUCUGGUUCUUUCCGUGUACCAAUCGUCUGAUGAAGAAACUUCAAAACUGCUUGUAACGGGAGUACCAGAAAAUGUCACAGAGGAAUUAAUGGUAAAUUUUUUCGAAAACGAAAAAAGACAAGGAGGUGGUAACGUGAACAAUGUUAUCAUUGACAAAGAAAAACGAAGUGCUGUUGUUGAGUUUAAAGAGGCAAAAGCUCUGGAUAAAGUGCUUCAGAAAAGGCCAAUUGUCAUAAUGGGAACGGAGGUAAACGUUGAAGUAUUUGAUGGCAAGUGUCCUCAGACAACGCAAAACACCAGGAUUGUAGUAUCAGGUUUGCCAAGGGACAUGUCGGUAGAGUUUCUGACAAUAUUGUUUGAAAAUGAGAAGAGGUUUGGUGGUGGUCCAGUGAAAAACGUGGUGAUCGAUGAAGGUACGAACAGUGCAACAGUCGAAUUUGAAGAACCUCAAGCUGUGACAAAUGUACUGCAGAAACGGCCAGUUAUUGUUCAAGGCACUGAAGUACAAAUUUCUACAUCUGUCAAGGAACCAGAGAGGAGUGAAUCUACUGGAAAUGUGAAAUCAGUUGAAGUAAAUGAAGACAAACACACAGCCAUUAUUGCAUUUGAAGAAGAGAAAGAUUGUUUGAGAUUUAAACAAGUACUAGAAAAACUUGGACUAGCAGACAAAUAUCCUAGCAAAAUAUCGAUAAGGGAUGUAAUAGCUGUUGAUCUAGACGAAGCAAACGAUCAAAAGAAGCAAGUACAUUUAUCAGACAUUCCAUGGAUAAUACUUCAGAGACUGAUAUCUGCACACAGCGAUGCAAGAGAUAUAACAACCACAAAUGAUACUGACAUAGGGAACGAAACUGACUUUGAUGGUACAGUGUCUUUCUUAAGUGAGGUACCAGACGAAAGUGAGAAUUUAAGUCCUAUUGAUAUCUUUUCUGUUGUUUUCCAGUGCUGUGAUCCUCUAAUGAAGCAAGUAUUUUUCCAGAAAUUAUAUCUCUGUAAAAUGGCCGUACCAUUUUUAUAUCAAAGCUGGGCCGCACAGGUACAAAAACCAGUGGUCUCUGUCUGGCCUCUUCGCUGUCUUGCAAUUGAGAAUAAAACUACAUGCACCGGAAACCAGUUUAGUAGUAAAAAGGUAGAUAUGCUAGAGCUUUCGUCCAAAGUAUUAGCUUUUGCACGCUUCGGUCGCCCUCGCUAUUCAAAAUCAAAACUGUUAAAUAGUUUACUAUCAAGCAAUGGCUGCAAAACCUUUUUUAACAUUGAUUGUCCGUCUGGGAUGACGCCAAGAUAUAUUUGUAAUGGGCAAAUUGAAAUGUUUUGGUUACCAACUGUUGGGGAUAAAAAAGACAAAUUCCAAGAUGCAGUGACGUUCCUUAACAUGCGUGGGGACUUAAAUAAACAUUUUGCUUCCGAUGUCUGUGAUUUCAUCGCGAAAUUAGCAGAUGCAGUGGUAAUCGUAAUUGAUCUGCACUCUAUUCGAGAAGAAAAAGAUAUGGUAAAACACUAUUUAAUGCAGUUUGCAUCCGUCAUACUGAUAAUUGCAAAUCCUCUUAAAAAAGAAGACGUUGACAUAGUUCAGGACUUUGAAAGAAAUGUUAAAGCGUCAAAAAACGAUAUCAGUCUUCGUGCUCUGAGUACACACCAGGGUACGGUCGAGCAGAAUGUGGUUGACAUGGUUUCAAAGCUCUCUAAACAUAUUACCAGUCAACUGAAAUCAAGUACUUGUAGAUCACUUCAAGAACGUUUAUAUGAAGCGCGCAUUGACAGUGUAAAUGUUGGAACUGACGAAGAGGAAGACAACUGCAAAUAUGGGAAAUCUGAAGCAGAAAAACUGAUAAAACAAAUGCAGACGGAUGGCGAACCACGUGUCUGGAAGCAAGUUCUUACACCUGUACACUGUAAGUUAUCCAAAAAACUAGGACAGCUGAAGAAGAAACGUGAGAGGGAAAAAGGUCUUACAGAAGGGGAAAAUAUAGAACGCCAAAUGACGGAUAUCAGAAUAGAGCAAACGAAGUCAAUAACUACUACAGUAAAAUAUUUCGUCAAUAUUCUCACAAAUGACCCCGAAUCAUAUAUUAAACUCGAGUUGGUUUUAGGAUGGUUACAUUUUUUUAUUGAAAGGGAGAAAAGAAGGAUAUUACCACAGUUGAUGUAUAAGAAUCGCCUAGCUUGGGAACAGCUUAAAGAAUUAAAAAGUAGAAAGGAACAAACAACAGCAGAUGACAUUGCAAAGCAAGAAAAACUCAUAACAGACCUAGAAGGAGAAAUUGACGCCGCCUCUUUCUCAGUAGAACACUUUUUUCGUGAAAUAGGACACAUAUAUGAAGCUCUUUUAGAAUUGGAUGUUAUGGCUUCUGAUGUUGGUUUACCAGAAAUUGACAAAAUAGCAUAUGUAGUUGGUCGGCUUGUUGCAGGUGGCCAUCAGUUGGAACUUAUUGAUGGAGAAAGCUUUUACAUGCCCUUUAGAUGGACGCAUAAAGUAUUGCAGCAUGUGAACAAUGUCAUUAAAUCUGGAAAAGUAAUGACAUUGAGUGUUCUUGGUUUGCAAGGUUCUGGAAAGUCCACAUUAUUGAACACUAUGUUUGGUUCCCAAUUUUCUACACGAACUGGCCGAUGUACAAGGGGGAUCCACGUUCAGCUUGUUCCGGCAAAAACAGGAACAUAUACUUCUGCUAAAACUCCAUUCGAUUAUGUGCUUGUUGUUGAUACAGAGGGACUUAGAUCACCCGAGUUAAGCCACAUCCAACAUGAGCAUGACAAUGAAUUGGCUACAGUAAUUACUGGCAUUGGCGAUAUUACAAUGUUGAAUAUCAUGGGUGAAAAUACGAGUGAAAUACGGGAUAUAUUGCAAGUCAUAAUUCAUGCCUUUCUCAGACUGAAAAUGACGAAUCGAAAUCUCGAUAUCAGAAAGAGUUGCACAUUUAUUCAUCAAAAUGUGACAGACACAUCUGCCUCGGAUAAUAUGAUAAGCGGUUUAAGUAAAUUAAUAAAAACACUAGAUGACAUGACUGAAGAAUCAGCAAAAAGUGAGGGUAUUCUAGAAAUCACUACUUUUAAUCAAGUCAUUGAAUUUGAUAUUAAUACUCAAGUUUGGUAUCUCAAAAAUUUAUGGCAGGGUAAUCCACCGAUGGCAAGAGUUAACACCGAGUAUAGUGAGCGAGUAGUUGAUAUGAAAUGUAGAAUUCUGCAAAAAGCCUUGAAUAUGGAAAAGAAGUCAUACAAAUCAAUAGUUGAUAUUCUUGUACACGCACACAGCCUUUGGAAAGGAGUUUUGAAUGAGGACUUUGUGUUCUCAUUUAGAAAUAGUUUGGAAAUAAGAGCCUAUAUGGAGAUGGAACUCUUUGUUCAAGACCACCUCUGGCAGUUGGAAAGAGUUAUUCAUGAUAAAAUGAUUGACAAAUCACAAAGCAAAUUUUCAGACUGCAACCAAAAAGACAAAUUACGAGCUCAAGCAGAUGAUGUUAUUAGCGAACUGAAAUAUCUAUUGUAUGAUGAAAAAAUAAAAGCAGAAAAAGAAAUCUUUAGAUACUUUGAAAUAAAUAAAUAUAAAGAUAUUAUAAUUCAAUGGAAAUCAACACAACAAGGUCGUGUAGAUAACGUGUGCAUUAAGUUAGAACGAACAAUAAGGGAACAGAUAGAAAAAAAAUAUAUCAAAAGAUCAGUUGAAAUACUAACCAUAUCAAGCCAUGAAAAACAUGAAGAAGAAGUGAGAAUAAAGUCCAUAGAGGUAGCAAAUAAAUACAAAGGACAAAGGCUAAGCCAAGCUGCAAAAGACAGUCUUUUUGCUGAAAUUUGGAACUCUUUCAUGAACAAAAUAGAUACCACUGAAUGUUCCACAGACACAAAGAGGAAGUCAAUGAAAUCUAUAUUCAUUGACUGCCUGACACAUUUAUUUGAAAAACACAGUGCAGUCCUAAAGGCAAAUUUACAAGCAAGCGCACAGCUAGCGCCAUUACAAGACGUUGUCAAGUUGACUGGUACAUUUGGAAAGACGGGAAUUGAGGAUAAAGACAUAAGUUUGUCAUUGAUUCAAAAGGGAACUGAUUUUAUAAAGUUAACUGAUGCCAUGGCACAUACCACUACAUGGGUAAACCAAAUAUUUUCAAGUUUUGACGAAAAAAUCAAAAACAUAUGUCAGGUAAACGACGAAAUUACUGAGAUGAAUGUGAAUGAACUAUUACACGACCUUCAAAAGAGCAUACAUGAUAUACUGACGGGCAAGGGAAAAUACGAUUUUAAACCUACAUUUAAAGUUAAAAUAUGCAUACAUGUCAGCAGAUAUGCACAUCCUAUAUUUGAGAAACAUAACGAAGAUUACUUCAAAACCCAGGGUGUUGCCGUUCGUCUUGAGCAAUACAAAGAACAGCAAAAAAUAAGAUUUGAGGCACAUUUAAGUAAUCGCGCAUCUGAAGAUAUCGUUGCACAACUUUUCAGCAAUAUCAUUGGAGGAUUUGCAAAGGAAUGGACCUUGGAAAAUAUACCCAAUAAAGUGACUGAUGACUUACAUAGUCAUCUGCCUUCUGUGAAAAAUAGGGUAAUCAUUGAAAUAUGUAAAACACUGAUGACAGAAGACAAUUUUAACGAGUUCGUUUCGUAUUUGAAUGCACCCAAUGCUUACGCUAGACGUUGGAUAUACAAAAGGGCAACUAGCCGUCUUUUUGAUAAAAAAUCAGAUGUAUAUUUCGCCAUUGCUAGAAGUUCAGUUAAUUCAGUUUUUGGGAAAGCCGAAACAUGCUUAGUAAAACUGAAGGACAAAUUUUGUGGUAAACAGUCUCCAACUAUAGAUGAAUGGGUAAAUGAAUUUAUCUAUCUAUCAAAGGAUGGAGAUGAACAACUGUCAAUACCAAUCGAAAGCUUCAGAAAUGUUAGAAAGGAAGUAAAGGUUAUUGAAAAUAUACAGUAUCUUACAGAUGCUAUAAUAGCAAAUAUGUUGGAAUCAAAAGACAAAGUUAUCAAUGAGUUCAGGGCGCAUAACAAAUACAACGUCAUGUGGGAAAAUGUAAACCCAAUAGAAAGAAUUACAAACAAAAUCUGGGGUUGCCGUGAGCAAUGUAAAUUUUGUGGAGAACCAUGUGCUAAAAAUGAAGAUCAUGAAGGUGAUGAACACUACAGCAUACAGCAUAGGCCCGCAUGUUGUCUGGGUGUAUGUUUGACUGUAUCAGUAGAGGCAUGCCUAGAAGCAUGUAAUGUUAUGGUAAAUUCUGAUGGUACUCACAUAUGUAAAGUGUUUGCUUUUGCUUGUAAUAAGGAAAAGCGAGAGCCAUGCUCUGCAAAAUCACAUCCCUUUCGAAAGUACAAAGAUUUCCUGCCAAACUGGGAUAUUCCGCCAAGUUCAAGCAUGGCCGAUUCUUCAAAAUUUUGGAUGUGGUUUGUUGCAACAUAUUCAAAGAAGUUGUGUGAUAUGUAUUGCUAUAGGCUCGAUCAUUUGCCAUCUUCUUGGGAAAAAAUCACGAAGGAACAAGCGGAGGAAAGUCUGACAAAGACAUACACCGCUUAAAAUAAAAGACAAGUACAUGGUGUGUCAUUUAAACAAGCGGAACAAAAGAGAGAGAGAGAAAUAGAGAGAGAGAGAGAGAGGGGGGGAGAGAGAGAGAGAGAGAGAUGCGAUAACGUGUAUGUACUGUUUUAGUUUAUGGGGUUUUUUUUCUAUCUAUUUGUGCUCAAAACGUCCAACAAUCAACAUAUCAUAUAAAUUAUCGGUUACCCUUUCCCUUUUAUCAACAUUUGAGACCUUCAGUAAUGACUACGAAACUGUGUGGCACUACAACGGUAAGAAUUACAAGGGUCUCAAACUAAAAACCGGGUGAAAGUAAGUUUGAGUGGUUAAUUCUUACUUUAUAAUAUCUUCCUACAUGGGAAACACAUGGUCUAGUAUGAAAGAUCAGUUGUAUUAUAUAGCGGAGUACUAAGCCAAACUGUGCUCUUUCUAUAUUAUAUUUUUUUCAUCCUGGAAACCUUACACAAUAUUAUGGUUGAAUUUGAUGACGUUUAUUUCAUUGUUUUAUUCAAUAGUCAUGCAUUUGUGAUAGUUUUACAUAUGUUUGCUAUAUGAAUGUCACAAGUGCAAAAGGUAAUAUCGGACUGCUUUUUGUUCAUACGCCAUCUUCCUCUUUACAGUUAUUCUUUGAACUCUAUUAUCAUUUUAAUGUUCCGAGGAAGCAAUGUUUUUUAUACUCUAUUCUAUGUACUAUACGUUUUGGGUGGCGUCAGUAUAGUAUAUUUUUAUUAUUUGCAUAUGUAUUAUUGCUAUGUUUUUAAAUGCAUGGUAACUGGAAAAAAGAGAAAUAUGUACAGACUCUUUGAACACUUAAUUUGCGUUUGCAAAAAUGGGACAUUGCUUUUACGCAUGUAUAAUCGGACAAAACAACCUGAAAUACAAAAAUGUGUCAUUAGUUUUCUAAAUAUUUUUUUUCGAUGGUAUAGCAACUCCUUGUCUUCAUAAAGUUGUACUUAGUAAUGAAAAGAAAACGGAAUACAACAUGUAAUUAUCAAAUUGAAAACCGUUUCACUUUGGUUAACGGCAGUUUCAGUGUUGUUCUAUAUCUAUCAGCUAUUAUUUUCAAAAUUAUUAUUUUUCUUAAUACCGUUUUUCAUGUAUACAUUUUGCUUGGUAAGGGGACAGGUCUGCGUUUAGGCAACGUGUCUACCCUUUUUGAUUCAUUGUCUUAUUUUGUGUUUUACGUUCUUUUUAUGUUUUAUGCAUUCAAUAUAAGUAGGUAGUUAAACCUGAAGUGAUUUAAAAGCGCAAAUGUAGACUGUUUAAGAAUACGUCCCUGUAUUUUUCCCAAUAUGGUAUUAUCCUAUAUGCACAAUAAAUAAGGGUAUUGUGAGAGCGAUUUUCUGUAUUUAGUUUGCUUGCUUGCGAUUUACGUUUCUGGAUUCUGUACCAGUUCCACGAAAGUAACUGUCAACUUCCCCACUUAAAUCAAAGGUGGCAGACAAACAAUUUCAGACACAUCUUUUGUCCUCGUUUUUUUUUUCAUAGUGUUGUUACAAAUGGGAGUCGUAAUUGAUACAUCGAGCUUCAACAGCAGAGUUUGAGAUAUGCCUACUCUGGACAACAAUAAAAGUCGGAAACAGAUGUGUCAAAGACAGGAUAGCAGCGUAAUCUCCACAUACAAAAAAGCCCGCCCGCUAGCUCAGUAGGAAGAGCGUUGAUCUACGGAUUGCGGGGUCGUCAGUUCGAUCCCCCGGGCGGGGCGUAUGUUCUCCGUGACGAUUUGAUAAAGGACAUUGUGUGUGCAAUCAUUCGUCCUUCUCUGUUUCAUUUAGGAAAGUUGACAGUUACUUACGGAGAACAGGUUUAUACUGGUUCAGAGCCCAGGAACACUGGUUAGGUUAACUACCCAUCGUUAUAUGACAGAAAUACUGUUGGGAAACGGCGUUAAACCCAAAACAAACAAACAAGUCCACCUUAAAAUAACACGAAGGAAAUCGAUCGGCAUGAAUAAAUGACCUUAAAUAAAUAUAAAAAAGACAUACCAGUUUCAAGAAUGAAACAUUUGCCCAAUAUAAAAUGAAUGUUGCCCUUUUACUAGUUGGUUUAAAUCAUACUUGGCAAAUCGACAACAAAUUGUUAAAAUUUUAAUCAACAAUUGUUUAUCAGAACCUAUGAAUAUUUCUUGUGAAGUUCCUGAGGGUGGUAUUUUAGAUUUUAGAUUUGAAUGCUCUGCCAGAUAGCCUAAAAGAUAUAAAAAUGAUCAUCUUUUUAAAGAAGGCAAAUCACUUGAGAAAAGCAAAAAUAUAAGAUAUUAAUAUGCAGCUUUUAAAUUCAAUUGUUUUUUUUAUCCUUAAGUUGUUAUUACUGAGGUAUUUGCUAAAAAUUACACACUCCUUUUAGAACUUCCAUUCCUUAUUCAUUUUCAUUCGUGUAUUAGUUUUAGUUCACCUGUCACGAAGUGAUAAGGUGAGCUUUUGUGACCGCUUGAGGUCUGUCGUGUGUCAACAAUUUGUUAAAAAUCUUCUUCUUCAGAACCUCUGGGUAGAUUUACACCAAACUUCACAGGAAUGAUUCUUGGGCGGCCCCUUUCAAAAUUGCCCAAAGAAUUUAUUCCAUGCAGAACUCUGGUCGCCAUGGCAACCGAACGGAAAAACUUCGAAAAUCUUCUUGUCAGAAACUGACGGAUUUCAAAAAUAUUUUGUCGAAAUUAUCUCUAGGUGACCCUCUACCAAAAUUACCUAAGCCGUUUUGUUUCUUUAAAAAAACAUGGCCGCCAGGAGGCGGGGCUUAUUUUCCCUAUGUGGCUACAUUGUAAAUUUCAAAAAUCUUCUUCAAAACCACUGGGCAGAUUUACACUAAACUUAACAGAAAUGAUCCUUGGGUGCCCCCUAUCAAAACUGCCCAAAGAAUUGAAAUCCAUGCAGAACUCCGGUUGUUGCAACCGAAAAUACAAACUCUAAAAUUCUUCCUGUCCAAAACCACGGUAGCUAGGGCUUUGAUAUUUGGUAUGUGGCAUCAUCUAAUGGUCCUCAACCCAGUUAGUUCAAAUUAUCCCCAUAAGGUCAAAUAUGACCCUGCCAUGGGGUUGGGGUGGGGCAUAUGGUUUACAUAGACUUAUAUAUGAAAAACUUUAAAAAUCUUCAUGUCAAAUACCACAGGGCUUGUGGCUUUGAUACUUUUUAUGUAACAUCAUCUAGCGGUCCUCUACUGAGAUUGUUCAAAUUAUCCCCCUAAGGUUAAAUAUGGCACGCCCCGGGGUCAAAUUAACGGUUUAUAUAGAUUUAUAUAAUAAACAAGAGCUCGUCGAACACGAACUUCCCCCUUGAUGCAUUCAGAAAUUGCACAAGGAACAGAAAUUACUUGCUCAGUGUAAACAAAAGUUCUACUGUUCUGAUACAAUGUGACAUUGAUCUUUGAUCUAUUGACCUCAAAUUCAACAGGGUCAUAAUUAUGCUGGUCACGAUCAACCUCCCUAUCAAGUUUAGAUCCUAGGCCCAAGCGUACUCAAGAUAUCGUCUGGAAAGGGUUUAACUGUUCCGGGUCAAUGUGACCUUGAUCUUUAGACUACAGAUCUCAAAAUCUAUAGGGGUCAUCUACAGAUCAUGACGAACCUCCCUAUUAAGUUUCAUGAUCCUAGGCACAAGCGUCCUCAAGUUAUUGUCUGGAAACGGUUAAAAUGUUCCGGGUCACUGUAACCAUGAGCUUUGACCUACUGACCUUAAAAUCAAUAGUGGUCAUCCGCUGGUCAUGAUGAACCUCUCCAUCAUCUUUCAUGACUCUUUGCCCAAGCGUUCUCAAGUUAUUGUUCAGAAACAGUUGAACUGUUUCUGGCCAAUCUGACCUUGAACUUUGACCAAAUGACCUCAAAAUCAGUAGAGGUCAUUUGCUGGUCAUGAUCGAUCUCCCUAUUAAUUUUCCUGAUCCUAGGCCCAAGCAUUCUUGAGUUAUCAUCCAGAAACUGUUUAACUGUUCAGGGUCACUGUGACCUUGCCCUUUGACAUACAGAUCUCAAAAUCAGUAGGGGUCAUCUGCAGUUGAUGACCAACCUUCCUAUUAACUUUUAUGAUCCUAGGCCCAAGCAUUCUUGAGUUAUCAUCCGGAAACGGAUUGGUCUACAUACAGACCGACCGACCGACAUUUGCAAAACAAUAUACCCCUCCUUCUUCCAAAGUGGGCAUAAAAACUGAAAUCUUCUUGUCAAAAACCAUAGGGCUUAGGGCUUUGAUAUUUGGUAUGUAGAAUCAUCAAAAAGUCCUCUACCAAAUUUGUUCAAAGUAUUCCCUAGGGUCAAAUAUGGCCCCGUCCUAGGGUUCACAUGGUUAAUAUAGACUUAUAUAGGGAAAAACUUUGAAAAUCUUCUUGUCCAAAACCGAAGGGCCUAGGGCUUUGAUAUUUUGUAUAUAGCAUCAUCUCUUGGUCCUUUAUCCAAGUUUGUUCAAUUUGUCUCCCUAGGGUCAAAUAUUGCCCCGCCCAGGCCGGGUUCACAUGGUUUAAAUAGAUUUGUAUGGGAAAAAAUCUUUAAAAAUCUUCUUGUCUGAAACCACAUGACCUAGGCCUUUGAUGUUUUGUAUGUAGCAUUGCCUUAUGGUCCUCUACCAAGACUGUUCAAAUUAUCAACCUUGGGUGAAAAGAGGUUAUUCCCUGGGGGUUCAUAGUUUUACAUCAUAUUUAAAUAGGAAAAACUUUUAAACUCUUCUUAUAUGAAACUGGAAGUCUUAGGCUUUUGAUAUUUGGUAUGUUGCAUUGCCUAGUGGUCCUCUAUACCAAGAUUAUUCAAAUUAUACCCCUUAGUUGAACAGAGGCCCCACCCAGGGUAUCCCAAGUUUUACAUAGACUAAUAUAGGGGAAAAAAUCUAGGCCAAAGGCCUUUGAUAUUUGGUAUGUAUCACUGCCUAGUUGAUUUUUAACAAGAUUGUUUGAAUUAUGCCCCUGGGGUGAAAAGAGGCCCUGUCCCGACCUACAUUCUUGUUUUUUCAAGAUACAGCUUUAAAAUUUGGGUGACAUGUACAGUUUUGCACACUGAUCUUAAAACUGACUUUCAGUUACCAAGAAUUUGACCUAUUGACCUACUUUCUUAAUAUUUUACCAUCAGUUUGACAUUUGAUAUAUGUAGCUCAUAUUACUCAGGUGAGCUAUCCUGGGUUAUCAUGACCCUCUUGUUCAUUGAUCUUUUUUUUUUCUUUCUUUUUACUUAACAAACUUAAUCGAUGCCAUAAUAAGUUGAGGACCUCAGUGGAAAUAAGUGCUCUUCAAGCUGCUUUCAUGGGUUAUCGUGGUAUGAGAUCAGCAGAGAACAAUUUAUGAAGCAGAACUUGAAAUAACUUUUAUAUAAUUUCUAUCAUUAUUAUUAAAUCAUUUGCCAUUUUUAUCAUUCUGUAAAAACUAUCUAUUCAUAUUUUAUAUAUGGUAUGCGAUAUUAUGUAAUGUAAGUCACAUGUUAGUUUUAGAAACUGUUUGCUUAGUUUUAAAUAUCUUACAAAACAUAUCUCACUUAAUGCGAUAUCUAUAUUUUCAAAUUGUGUAUAUGAUCUUAUACUUGAAUAAAUCUAUCUAUCUAUUUAUAAUUCACUGAAGUGUACAUACUGUUGGAUCCACAUUCUCUGUAACAAGGGCUUUUAAGAUAAUACCAUUUAAGUUAUACAUCAUUUAAGUUAGAACUACAUGCACAAGGAUGACAAUAGGAAUUCUUAAUGUGUGGUCAAAAUAAAUGAUUGUAAUUUUCAACCGUUUUGGGCAAUGAAACAGUUCAAUAUUCUAAUGCUCACUUCAUUUGUAGACUGAUUGUCAUAAAUAUAUCAUGAUAUAUUUAAAAAAUGCCAUAGAAAAUUAAGCUGUUCCUACUACAACCCCUAGGAUGUAUAAUUUGUUCCUUGAUCGCAGAACAAGCAGAAUUUCAAUAAAACCCUUAACAUUUUUCUUUUAUCUUGCAGUAAAUUCUUUUGUUUUUUCUAACAGGUGUUUUCAUGUAUCUAACAGUAAGUGUAACAACGAUUGCAUAGUAUUAUGCAUACGUAUUUCCUAUAAAUUCCUAAUUUGUAUAUAUGUUUGUACAGGUAUGCAUUAAUAUAAAUACAGAAGUAGUUCGUGCUUGUAACCAGCUUCAGGAAAUCUGACUAAUUAAGCCUUUAAAACACAUCACAAUAUACAAAGUAAUGUGUAAUUAGUGCAGUGGGUAAUUAAUCACUUCUGAUUUCAAUGUUAUUAAAUUUUUCGAAUGAUCCCAACAUAUUUUGCACUUGACAUGUUUUUUCGAGUGAAGAUGUGUAAUAAGUUUUACACAAAGCUAUUGGAUCCGAAAUGGAACUUGGCAAUUUCCAUGCAUUACGCAUUCAUGUUAUCAGGUUAACGUACAUGACUUUCCUUAAAAUCAGGAAGGCGCUGAAAUAGCAUCUGGAAAUUGCCGAGAUUGUUAUAACGGGUCUAGUUACGUGGAGCUAGGCUAUAGCCUUUGUACGUAUACCAGGUAAUUAUCAAUUCAAUUGCAGUGAUUUUUGAAUAAGUCUAGUGAUUUCAAUAUUCAUUUCCAAACAAUUUCCAAGAAAUUGUACCUCACAAAUCUGAACUAUCACUAAAUGUAACUUAUACCGAAAGUUUACAGUUUUAUCAACGGAAUGAAGACAUUUGUCCAAAGCGAAAAAUGUGAUGAGAAUGGAGGGUUGGUGCUAUUUACAAAAGUAAGGUCAUUGGUUGGGUAGGAAUAACACAAGAGCUGUCUGAUAACAGCACGCUCGACUACUCGAAGAACUGAUUGAAGAAUGGGGUCAAAAUAUCAACACAGAUAUUCAGACAAAAGAAAAAACAGACUAGACAAAUAAUGUUCCUGUAUUUGUGGAUUUCGACAAGUCUUGCACUAAAUGGCAAUGUGUGAACCAAUUUCAAAGUCCAAAAAGGGUCAUAAUUCAGCCAAAAUAGUUGUCAGAGUUAUGUAUUCUAGUCUACAGAUGGAAAUCAUGAUGAUAAACAAGUGUUCAAAGUUUAAAGCCAUACAUCAAAUAGUUUUGACAAAACGUGGUCUUGUAUGAAAAAAGAACAAAUUUCUAAGUCCAAAAAGGGCCAUAAUUCAGCCAAAAUAGAUGACAGAGCUAUGUACUCUUUCCUACAGAUAGAGACUGUCAUACUGAACAAGUGAUAAAAGUUUCAAAGCCAUAUGUCAAACACUUUACACAAAAUAUGAACUGGUGCGAAAAACUUAACCAAGAUUUCUAAGUAGAAAGGGGCCAUAAUUCAGCCAAAAUCCUUGGAGUUAUGUACAUUUGCCUAUAACUGGACAUGGUGAUGACAAACAGGUGUUGAAAGAUUCAUAGCUUUAUCUCGAAAGAAUUUGUCAAAAUAUGAACUGGUACAAAAAACUUAACCAAAAUUUCUAAGUCAAAAAGGGCCAUAAUUCAGCCAAAAUCCUUGAUGGAGUUAUGUGCUCUUGCCUAUAACUGGCCAUGGUGAUGGUAAACAAGUGCUGAAAGUUUCAAAGCUUUAUCUCAAAAGACUUUGUCAAAAUGCGGACUGGUAAGAAAAACUUAACUAAGGCGUGACGCCGACGCCGUGGUGAGUAGGAUAGCUCUACUUAUUCUUUGAAUAGUCGAGCUAAAAAGUAUUCAUUUAAAAUGAGUUCUUUUUGUGAAGCGUAUGUAUGUCCUUCUCCUCUACCUUUCCCAGGAAAACUUAUGUCACACAAAUAUAUACACUUCAUGAUAUUCCAAUGAGUCAAGUUUCAUUGGAAUCCGCCUGAAACUAAAGAAGUUAUUUUCACAGCAAACGUUAAGCAUAAUCUAUGCCCAAUCAGCCUUUGUGCAUCAUGCACAUCGACAUUUUAUGGUGAUAUACUAUGAAGUUAAAAAAAAUAGAUUUUCUUUCAGGAUUUGAGUAUAUGGGUUACCCUACUUUUUUCCUGAUGUCAGAAAAACCAAUAUACCCUACCCAAUCCUAAACUUUGUUCUGGGAAGUACAUCAUAAUGCAAUUUUGCACGGAAACCAUUUAAUAUGAAUUCAUAAAAUGCUGCAUCUUUUUUGUUCUGUUUCACAUUUUACCAGUUUCCAUUUUUACCAGUUGCUGCUAAUUAUCUACAUGAAAUUUGUUUUCAGCUAAAUUGAUCAAAUAGUUUCUUUUUACUGGGUUAAGAAUCUUUUAUGUUCAGUAUAUCAUCAAUGAAACAGUACUGAUGUUUUUUGUUCUGUUCUACUUUUGCACUGAAAAAAUAAAAUGAUAUAACUUAAAUUAUAGAUUAAAUUGAUAUGGUUGCACCACAAUCUUCAUUUUGAAAAAGUAUUGUAGUUUUUCAGAGACACAUAUGUAUGUUUAUUGAUUAUACUGUAUCGCUUAUAUUGUAUUAAAUUAAAUAAUAUUAGUAAUAUUAGUAAUCAGAAAUUCUUUUGCGUAUGUAAACAAAAUGACUUAUACAGAAUAAAGUGUGUGCGUGUGUUUAAA